AUGACAGAACAAGUCGAGAUCAAAAUCAAGAGCCCAACCUACCCCAUGGCCGCAGACCUCACCCUCUUCCACAGCCAGCAUGACACUGUCCACAAACUCAAAUACGGCAUCCAGCUCGCCCUCAACAAUGCAAACCUGACACCGGCCGCUCAGAAGCUCAUCUAUGCAGGUCACGUCUUGCAGGAUGAGAAGACCCUUCUGGAGCUCAACCUGACUGCUGGCAGUAGCGCGACUAUCCAUCUCGUGACGGGUGCGUCUGUGCACCCCGUCUCGAGUCCUGUUGCUGCUGUCGAGCAGGCGCCUGCUGUAUCGCAGCAUGUGGGCUCUACGCCUGCUUCAGAGACGAGUACAUCUAUCCCAGCGGCAAUGACUCAAUCGACCCCUGUCGGCAGAAAUGUACCUGAGUCCUCCACAGCGCCAAGCGGCAUGAGUCGCCCAUCAUCAGCUCAGUCGAUUGAUUCAUCUGAUAUGGCAGAACACCUCAAGUCAAUCAUUGGGGAUCAGUCUUAUGUGCGCACAGGUCUACAAUACCAGGUUUACAUGAUUGAUGGACUUCCCUACUUGAUCCAACAAUCGGCAACAGCAACAACAGCGGCUUCGAGACACACAUCACGUUCGCUUCGUUCUCGAGCAGCACGCGCGACAAGUCUGUUGAAUACAGUUAUGGGCGCCUCUGCUCCCGGAGCGCCUACAGCAGCAUCAUCAGGAGCACCCAACCACGUCCGACACCAAGCAGUGGAAUUACCUUCGUCCAGUGCGAUCCCUGUUGUCAUGGCAGAUGGUCGACAAGCAGUCAUGCUCUCACCUGAAGGGAUCCGGGCCAUGACGCAACAAGGCGUUGUGGUGCCAACCCAAAAUGCACAAGGUCAACUCAUUCCAGGCGUCGCACCCGCUGCAGCACGACAUCCACUUGACAGGCCGGAAUUCAGAGCCUUCAUGCGAACAGGAAUCCCACAUGCUUGGUUAUUCCUAAAGCUGGUGUUUCUCGUUAUGAUGCUUGGGUCGCAUGCCUCGUGGAAGAAGUUUUUGAUGUUGAAUGCGAUUGCUGUGGUCAUUUUCUUGUGGCAGAGUGGAUUGGCUGCUGGUCUGUUUCGUGCACAAGCACGUCCUGUGCCUGUCGAUGCACGUCCUGUACAGAGGAAUGCGCCUGUUGUACCAGGGACCGACGCUGCUGCUGCUGCUGCUGCUAUGCCUGCACAAUCUCCAACAACCAACGACACACCCAAUCAAACGAUCCCUCGAGCGCAAGCGCAAGGCAACGCCCUGCAAAAUUUGGCACAUGCCUUUGUCACGAGCAUUCUGCCGAGUACACUCUUGCCUGAUGCACUACCAGCUAUCAAUCAGGAGGCGAAUGCAGCUCAGGAAGGUCGUGACGCUGAUGUGAAUCGUCUUGGCAAUGACUGGUGA